AUGGCAGCUAUGGAGUUACCGGGGCACUGGGAGCUGGAGGCCGCGGAGCUGCUUGCCAGCAUGCCGUUCCAGAAGCACGUCUACUACCCGCUGCCCAGCUGUCCUGAGAGCCCGGCCCCCCCCACGGCCCCUGCCUCUGCGGGCACAGCAGCAGCGGCCACCAUGGCCUUCGGGCCGCCCCCUUUGGCGGCUCUGGGGCCUCUGCCCUACUUCCAGUUCCGCCCGCGCCUGGAGAGCGUGGACUGGAGGCGGCUGAGCGCCAUCGACGUGGACAAGGUGGCGGGAGCCGUGGACGUGCUGACGCUGCAGGAGAACAUCAUGAACAUCACCUUCUGCAAGCUGGAGGACGAGAAGUGCCCGCACUGCCAGUCGAGCGUGGACCCGGUGCUGCUGAAGCUCAUCCGCCUGGCGCAGCUCACCAUCGAGUACCUGCUGCACUCGCAGGACUUCCUGACGGCGCAGCUGCGCGCGCUGGAGGAGCGGCUGCGCCAGAGCCACAGCGACGGCGAGCAGAGCCAGAAGCUGCUCAGCAAGCAGGCCGGCGAGAUCAAGCUGCUGAAGGACGAGUGCAAGCGCAGGAAGAAGAUGAUCUCCACCCAGCAGCUGAUGAUCGAGGCCAAGGCCAGCUAUUACCAGUGCCAUUUUUGUGAUAAGGCUUUCAUGAACCAGGCCUUUCUCCAGAGUCACAUCCAGCGGCGCCACCUGGAGGACUCUCACCUUGAGUAUAAGAAGAAGGCGCAGACCGACAAGCUCCAGGACGAGGUGAACAUGUUGAAGGAGCAGCUGCAGCUGACCCGGUCCCAGCUGGAGGCAGCCCAGCACGCCCACGCGCUCCGAAUGUCCAAGGAAUAUGAAUCGCAGAAAAUAAAAGAGGAAGAAUUUAUGAAGUUGUUUCAUAGAUGGAAAGAGGAAGAAAGGGAAAAGCUUGUUGAUGAAAUGGAAAAAGUCAAGGAGAUGUUUACAAAGGAGCUUAAAGAAUUAACAUCAAAAAAUUCAGCGUUAGAAUGUCAAUUGUCAGAAAUACAGAAGUCAAAUAUGCAAAUCAAGUCCAACAUAGGCACCUUAAAAGAUGCACCUGAGUGUGGUGAAGACAAUUCAAAGUCUCCCCAGGAUUUCCAAAAUGUGGUGGAACUUCUGGAUAAUCAGGAAAAAAUGUGGACGGCUCGAGUUCAAGCCCUUCAUCAAGAACACCGGAAAGAAAGGACCCGGCUCCUGUCGCAUCUAGAAAAACUCCGGUCCUCGAUGAUCCAGGACGCAAGUGCGAUGAAUGCUUUCCACAAGCAGAGGGUAGAAGAGCUGGGCCAGAGGGUCCAGGAGCAGAAUGAACUGAUUGCAACUCAGAGAAAGCAGAUUAAAGAGUUUACCAGUAGAUCAUUAAACAGCAUCGGUGAAGCCAGAGGGAAUACCAUAACCUGGCAGACGUUUGAAUCUAAGCCGCCUGCCCCAGCUGUCCCUUUGAAUGGCCCGGCACCACCCACUCUGGAUGCCAAACCGGGUCUCCCACCAGCACAUGAACAGACAUUCUCCUCACACAUACUGGAACCAAUAGAAGAACUUUCAGAGGAAGAAAAAGGAAGGGAAACUGAGCAGAAGUCAAACAGUAAGAAGUUCCCUUUAAGGAAGACCUUGAGGAAUAACCCUGCCCUCACUAAGGAGAUCCGGACCGUGCUGGAGCAGAGUUUGGUGGAGAAAUUGGAAACCUUGGGGAUUAAUGCAGACGAUCACGGUAUUCCAAGCGACCAGUUUAUCAGGGUGCUGAGAACGGUGGAAUCGGCAAGACAUGAGAGAGAAAAGCAGAUGCCUGACAUUCAGCAGAUUCGCGAGUCCCUGGAGCACAAGGUCCACUCUCAAGCUCAGGAGAGGUAUUUACGCUCUUCAGAUAAUCCUGGUGUUUUUCAAAUGGACUAUCUCUCAUCGGUAGAAAUCCCCAAAUCGGUGCAGGUCCCUCGGAAAAGCAAGCAUUUAGUUAGACAAAAACCUGUUUUCACUGAUAACACAUCAACUCCCAAAAUUAGGAAAGUGACUAUUGAAGAUCAGCUCCCCAGAAAAGCUGCGCCUACUCCGACGCCCCCGUUUAGCUCCGAGGAGGAACUGGAUGAGGACUACUUCAUCCAGGCUUACACGUCGCCAGACCUACUUGCUGUGAAGUCGUCGAAGGUCACCAAGAACACCGCUGUCAAGGACUCCUCCAAGAGUGAUACGGACUGGACCGAGGGCAGUGAAGCUGAGGAUGUGGUCCUCCCUCCCAAGCCUACAGGAACGGCCUUUAAAACGGGAACUGAAAGAGUUGACAAGGCCGUUUUAACUCAGAAAACUGUGAAUAAACCAGUCGGUGAGGUCAGCGUUGGAGAGGCCUUCAAGAAAGAGUCACAGGAAGAGCUGAAGUGCACAGACGUGGAUGAUGAUGACUGGGACAUAUCAUCCUUAGAAGAAGAUAAAGUUUUGGGGGUGAAAGCUGAGAAGGACCAGAAGGAACCUCCUGCCGUGAAGAAUGAACCAAAAUCUACUCACGUUGCAAGUGCCUGGGGUGCAUCCAACCCAAACAGACCAAAGGGAGAAGGACAUCAAGAAAAUGAAUUAAGCACAUUAAAAAACAGCUUAGUGUCUGUGAGUGAUUGGAGUGACUCCUCCGACAUCUAG